CCAUAUUUUUGUGCUGUAUUUUUUAGUUAAUUGUUGUUUAGAAUCGUGCUGGACAAGAUAUUCUAUUGUCGUGAAAUGUAUGCGAAUGGAUACAAAUACUGGCUCGCGUACAAAAAGGGUACUUCAGGCUACUACCGCUGUUGUCGGUACAAGAUCAGUUGCCCCGGCCGAUGCGUUAUUGAUGAGGAUGGAGUCAUACGAAGCACCACCGCACACAAUCAUCCUCCAGAGGCAGAUAAAGUGAUUGUUGACCGUUUCCGUAAAGUCCUUACACAGCGUGCUGCUCGUGAAAGUACCGAUUUACAUGUGAUUUAUUUGGAGGAAGCUACCAAUCGGCACUCGGACGCUUCUCUGCUGUAUACGUUUUCGCAAGCCGAAUCUUGCAUGAGAAAAGCACGUCGAAAACAACAUCCUCAAGAGCCGAGCAGUAUUGAAGAAUUAAAGGAAAUUUUAGAUAAUUCCGAUCUGUUUAGAAUACAUAGCGGAAGUACUCGAGAUGAUUUUUAUCAAACUAUGAUUACUUUAGAAAGUACUACUUGCUUGAUAUUGUGGCAUUACAAAACAAUUGACAUGAUUGGAAGAGUAGAUGAAUUGUACGUCGAUUGCAGCUUGUCUCUGGAACUAAACUCUACCUGCAAGUAUUAUUUAUUGGUAGCAUUAGUUGUUCGACAGCAUUUCUGCACUCCCAUAUUCUACUCCAUUAUGACGGCAAAAUCUCAUUCUGGUUUUGCUGCCAUUUUUGCAUAUGUGCGAGAGCAAUUGGGAGCAGCAAUCUCUCCUAGCGUUAUUUUAACCGAAGCGAAUGAUGUAAUGCAUAAUGCACUGGAAAUCACUUUCCCCGAGGCAACAGUUAAGGUGUAUUGGCAUCAUUAUACGACUGCAGUUCUGAAUCGGAUGCGGCAGCUAGGACUUAGUCGUGAAACCGCGAAGGGUCAUCCUAGUAGUGGUCUACGGAUGUUACUAGUUGUACCGUUGCUUCCAGCGAACUAUAUGACACCUGGACUGGAAGCACUUAAGAAAUGGAUGAAUGAGAAAAAUAUUUUUACUCAUGGCUUUUGCCGACUUUGUGAUUAUGUGGAGCAAUCGUGGUUAGGAGCAUUAGGAGCGAAAAAACUGUCUCUAUUUGGGCAACGCCAUAGUUUAGACUGCCAAAUAAAGAACUUUCUGAAAGAUUUCAAAAGUCAGGAAGGCCUUGAGCAACGCAUUUCGAUAUGGCGAGUGUUGGAAAUUCUCACCCAACUUGCAACCAAACACUUUGUAAAGUUAAGCAAAAUUAAUAAACGAACUCAAGCUGAAAAAAUCCCGAAGCCAAUCAAAAAAGUUCAACAAGUACAGGAAACUGUCAUCAACAAUGCAACUCAGAUGUGGAUCAAAACAGCGGUCCAUUUGCGAAAUCCACUUCAGUUUCUGCAGUUAAGCAGCCAUUGUAUUAAUGACGCUAUGAUCACAGAAUCAAUGCCAGUGCCCAUGGGGAGCACUGUUUCAACGAAGAAAGUGCCUUUAGCUGUUCUAGAACCAACACCCAUUACAACCGAGUACGUAGGUAGUUUCGAUCCGAUCUUGGAAAAAUCUGACCGGUCGCAACUUGCUAUUCCAUCAAGUGAUCCACCACCGUUGGCAUUUUUCCCAAAAGUGAUGGUGAAAAGGGCCAGCGUUGGAUCAGUCUCGCAAUUCAAUUAUAAUCAAUCAGAACCACCUCCUCUGGUGCCUAUCUCCAGUCCCGGUAAGGGCCGUAUGAUACACUCUAACAAUGGCCAACAGCAGCAGUCCGAAAACAGAAAGAUCGCGUAAUGA